UUUGAAAUUAUUGCACACCUCUAGUUUAUGUUCAUUUCAUUUCAGUGUUCAUUUUGCUUUUCACUGGCGCUCCUUCUCUUCCAGUGAAAAGUUUUUCAACCUGACAACAUUCCAGAAACGCGCCUCAUUUUCGUAGUCGCUCGCUAGUUUCGGCGUGGGUUUUUACUUAUUUUGCUUCGUGGGGAUUCAUAAAAUUCAAAGCUACCGGUAAAAUGGCUGGUCCAAACCGAGGCAUGCCUGCCACCCACUGCUACACCCAGGCCGAUUUGCGUCCCACGCUGAAAGAUCCCCGCUGCAAUCCGAAUUUCCCGCUGGCCGCCUACUGGCCCGUGUACCUGGGUAACUUUUGGUGCGACGUUUACACCCAGCGCACCGAACGCAUUCAGGAGUACUUCGGCUCCAAGGGCCUGCUGGUGCGGAUGGUUUUCAGCCGCAGUGGAGCGUGCGAUCCCUUUCUGAAGGAGCAGAAACGGUGCCAGUGUUACGAUUUUCUCGUAUAUUUCGUGAGCCAGCAGGACGCCCACGAUGCGGUUUACUACUGCAACCGGGACAUGUAUUACGGACACCGGCUGAACGUGCUACCAGGCCGUAUACCCGCGCCUUUCGAUGUUUCAAAAAGCGCCAAACACACGUUUUGGCAACACGAACGAUUAAAACUGGAGGAGCAGGUUUUCGAACGCUACGUCAACGAUGAAGUUGGCGCCCAAAUCUCGUGCAUCGUGCGGCACACCACAGAAGAUGUUCUGGUGGAGUACGCUUCCGUAAACGAUCGCAACAAGGUCAUCCGGAGCUGCCAGAUCGCCUUACCGGGACCAAUCUCCGCCUUUCAGGCGAAACAACGCUUUCUCGAACAGAACGUCGAGAUGGAAAUAAUGAUGUGGAUGCAAGAGAACCCAGGUUUCAUGAACAUGCUUUCGCCGAACAACGUUCUGCAAGCAUUGUUCAAAGGAGUGCUUCCGAACGUUAACCAGAGCUGGAAAACAGUCGUCAAGCUGCCACCGGCCAUGAAAUUGAAAGUCAAAGGUACAAAGGAACGUAGGCUUUUUCUCAAUAGACGAAUCUGUAAUCAAGCUAUGAACCAUUUUGGAGUACUUUGCGAUUUCGUACAUGUUGUUUCGGGUGAAGUACUUGAAGCACGGGUACAGAGAAGGCAAGCGAAAAAGGAUGCGAAGAAGGAAAAACGUUUGAAAAUGCAGGCGCGACAGUAACUUAUCAAAAUGGUUGAUGACCUGCGUUAACGCAGUACUUUGUUUUACUUUUGAAAAAUAAUUGAAUUCGAUGAUAAUAUGCGUGAAAGAAUAACAUUAUCUAUCUCAGAUAUACAUACAUUACAAAGCGUGUUAUAAUUAUAUCUAACAUGAACUCAAAAAAUAAAAUUAUCUACUUCAAACACUUCUCCUUAUUGUGAACUUUCCGAAGCACACGUAAACUUCCCUGGCAUAAAUAAUGAAGAAAGAAGAAAAAACGAACGAUUCUUUCAACAACCAGCCCA